AUGGAAAAUAGACGGAAACGAUUAAGUGAUGUAAAUAUUCAGGUUUUAAGAAGUCCAAGUCCAGUAGAAUCUAAUAUUCUAUCUGCUGAUGUGUUUUUAGACACUGAAAAAGGAAAAUCUAAAAAAGAUACACUUUUAAAAAUGCCUAUUUUACCUAUUAAGCCUUUUAAAACAUUUUCAGAAAAAUUAGUUGAUCUUAGAAAUAAGGAAAGGACAAAGAAAAUUAGAAUGAAUUUUCAAGAAAGUACUCUUUCUAAAGGGUUUAUGGUGUCAAAUGAAAAAAAUAAAUCACAAGAUCAGGGAAUUUUUCAAGUUAUUCAAAAUAAAAGAGUGUUGUCUCCUCUUUUUGAAGAAGGGUUUUAUGAUCCGUAUUCAAUGCUUUAUUUAUCAAAAAGAAAUAUUUCUCAUGAUGAGCUGAGUUCUUAUUUUAAAGGAAAAAAAAUCUUUUUACUACAUGUAUUGUUAAAAACGGUGAUUGCUCCUGCUUAUGAGCUUCCUAAUGAUGGUUAUGAUUGGGUUGUAAUUGGAAUUAUUGCAUAUAAGUCGAUUCCAAAAUAUAUUCAGAAUAAAGAAAAAGAUAUAGAUAUGAAGUCUAGAUAUUGUGUAUUGACGUUAACUGACUUGAAAUGGGAAAUAACUCUUUUUUUGUUCAGCGAUGCGUUUGAACGUUAUUGGAAAGUUCAAGUAGGAUAUAUAGUAGCAAUUUUGAAUCCAGGUAUUAUGAAACCAAAGAAGAUUGAUUCUGGGUGUUUUAGUUUAGUCUUGUCUCAUGAAUAUGAUUCAUUAUUGGAACUUGGUUUAUCUCGAGAUUUGGGGUUUUGUAAUGCUUUGAAGCGAGAUGGAAAACAAUGUGCAGCAUGGGUUGAUAUACGUCAUUCUGAGAUAUGUGCAUUUCAUCUUGAUCAAGGGCUGCGAAAGACUAAAAAUGCUCGAACGGAAAUUGCUGUUGGUACACAAUUAUAUUCACCUAAAAAAAAUAAAUAUAUGUCGACCAAAGUAGGCUAUAGUACUGGUUUUAAAUCUGCUGAAGGUCUUUUGUUUGAGCAUACUGGUUGGGUACAUGAUCCAUGGAAUGGUAAUGUGUUUAUUAUGCCAAAUUUCUCUUCCAGUUAUAAAUAUGAUGUUUUGGAUACUAAAAAAAUUGAAAAAAAGCGUCAUAGACUUCAAAGACAGGCACAAGAGUCUAAUGUGCUGCGGAAAUUUCCUAUUUCUCAAAAUAUUUCACAAAAUGUUGUUCUUAGUACUUCAAAAAGUGAAACAGAGUCAAUAUGCCCUGUCCUUUCUAAUUCUUUGGAGAGUUCUACUCAUUUGCAUGUAAGGCCUUUUUCUGCUCAAUCUAUAAAACGAAUUGGUUUUGAUCCAUAUGCUUCAUAUAACCAUUUAUUUCAGACACCUUGUUUAUCUACUUCUUCUGCUUGUUUAUUAUCUUCAAAUACAUGUUAUAGCUCGGAUUCUGAGCUUGAGAUUAUUUAA